UGGCCUGGCAUGUAUUCAGGGUCAGAACCGUUUUGCCGGCUUGAUCCUGUCACAUCUGUUGCCUCAGCCUCUGAUGUCACUGAAUGAGCAGUGCGGGCUUCCAGUGCGCACCUUCGGGGACGCAGCGGUGGCACAGACAGUCAAUUCUUUGCUCGAAACCUUUUGUUUCUCCCCAAAUUCCUGCAUCCGUAUUUAAACCUGUGGCUAGGCACCUAUAAAGAAACUCCUCUUUUGUGUUGCUGCGUUUAGAUGAACUUUUUGGAAGCAGAAAAACAAGUGAGGUGGUGUUGGGCUGAGGUGAUGAUGUCCUUGAGCGCGGGCUGUUGCGCUCUGCUUUUUAACUAGAGCCAAAAUCUGCGUUAAAGGAGACAUUUCCCCGUUUAUUUUUGCAGCAGUCGUUUGAUCUCAGCUGUAUUUAUCGAUACCAGUGUGAACUGAGCUGUCAGUCCUUGUCCAGCAGCAGCAGCAGCAGCAGCAGCAGCAGUUCGGUCGGUGCGGGUAGAAGCGGUUCGGCACCAUGGACAGCUCCGUGGUGCACAUCUACAAAGAGGACAGGUGUCCCUCAGGACAGCCAGAGGAGUGCAUACCAAACUUCACCUGGCAACCCGGACUGUCGGACGUCUUCAACUACACCCCCAACGGCACCUGGGACGCCGAGCCCAUGUCGCCCCUCAUCCCCAUCAUCGUGGCGGUGUACUCCGUAGUGUUUGUGGUGGGCUUGGCGGGCAACUGUUUGGUGAUGUAUGUCAUCAUUAGAUACACCAAGAUGAAAACAGCCACUAACAUCUACAUCUUCAACCUGGCCGUGGCUGACGCUCUGGUCACCACCACCAUGCCCUUCCAGAGCACUGACUAUCUGCUCAGCUCCUGGCCGUUCGGCGAGGUGGCAUGCAAGGUCUUUAUCUCCAUCGAUUACUACAACAUGUUCACCAGCAUCUUUACCCUGACCAUGAUGAGCGUGGACCGCUACGUGGCCGUGUGCCAUCCGAUCAAGGCCCUGGAUUUCCGCACGCCCGUCAAGGCCAAGAUCAUCAACGUGAUCAUCUGGGUGCUGUCGUCUGCUGCCGGGGUUCCUGCGAUGAUACUGGGCAGCACAAAAUCCAACAAUGGGACUACAGAGUGUGCUCUACAGUUCCCUGAACCCUACAUCUACUGGGACACCCUGAUGAAGAUCUGUGUCUUCAUCUUUGCCUUCGUAGCACCCGUCAUAAUCAUCACUGUCUGCUACACUCUGAUGGUCAUGCGGCUGAAAAGCGUGCGCCUGCUCUCUGGCUCACGAGAAAAGGACCGCAACCUGCGUCGGAUCACACGCCUCGUGUUGGUGGUGGUUGCCGUCUUUGUCGUGUGCUGGACCCCCAUCCACAUCUUCAUCUUGGUCAAGGCCUUGUCAGCCAACGUGCCCGAGACCACCGCUGUCAUGGCCGCUUACUUCUUUUGCGUGGCGCUAGGUUACACCAACAGUAGCCUCAACCCCAUCCUCUACGCUUUCCUCGAUGAGAACUUCAAGAGGUGCUUCAGGGACUUCUGCUGCCCCGGAGCCAGGAGACAUGGGGACUGUCAGGGGGUGAGUCGAGUGAGGAGCACCCUGCGAGACCACUCAUGUCCCGCAGAAGGUCGAGGAGAUACUAUGAGGCAGGCCAGGCCGGUAUGACUAGCCAUGGACACGUCCUCUAUGCCCUAUCAGGGCUGGGAGGACUCCAACGAUCUGGGCUUGACUCAAAUCACCACUGCUAUCUGAGGGCGGGGCCACAGAAAGGACUAGAUUUUUGAAUGUAUUCAGCAUGUUGGUCAGAGAAUCAGAAGAAUUUGUUGACUGAAGAAUAAUUUAGUUAUAUUCAAAACUUUUCUAAUUAAGACUAAUCCCAUUAUAAAACCCAAACCAUCCAACAAUGUAUCCUACACACCAAUGUUGCCUGUGUAGCCAAAACCGUAUGAGAUUAUUCUGACAUUGUUGUUGAGAAAUACAUAAAAAUGUAAAUGAGUUGUAUGGUUGGAGUGGAUGACAUGAUACUCCAAAAGGAAACUGUGUCUGACUGGAGUCAAUCCCUUGACUUUAACCUGCUGCUCUUUGACUUAGACCUCUUAAUGUGUAACUCUCCGCCACAUUAACUAAUCCCCAACAGAUACAAAAUGUACUUGUUUGAGAAAUAUCUGCAAGAAUCUACAGUAACAAAGUGCUUGAAAAAUAACUUUAUACUAAACAAGGUGUAGAGAAACAAGAAAUGAAUGACAGGCUAACAACAUGUAGAUUAACCACUAAUACGUGUAAAUAAUUAUUGUGUAAGAUAUCCAAAUAUCUUUUGGCAUAUGUGAAAUAUAAUAUUUCAAGUAUGAUUCACAAGUGUUUAACCUUCUGAAAGUAUUUCCUCUUUGAUCGAGUCGGCCAUUUUGCUACGCCAUCUUUUAUUAUAGCGUUUUUAACAGUACACAGAACAGAAAAGCAACCGAGGCCACCGUACAUUCACGCUUUGAAUGGCAGGGUUGUAAAAUAGAACCUGACCACUAGAUGGCUCUAAAUCCUAGACACGAGACCUCUAGAAUGAAGCUUAGCUCACAAGCCCAUGAGACAGUUAAUGUUUAAGUACAUCAAGGCCUCUGCCAGAAAAUGAUAAAAUGUAUAAAAAUGUAUAAACCUCUUAUAUGGUUGAUGUGUAAAAUACAUUUAAAAAAGGAUUUUAUUGUGUUGUCCAUAUUAGUGUCAAUAGGAGCCUUGUCAAGAUAAUGUGAAACUUUAGUCAGCAAAAUGUAUGCAAAGUAUUUUAUGUAGCUUAAUCAUAUUUUGUUCACCUGACCUGCUACAUGUACUUAACAUAAUUCACAUGUGUAUAUUUUAUAAAGCAGAAUGUACAGUAGUUCUCCCCGAUGGGGAACAAGCAGCAUUGUUUUAAACUAAUUGUGUUUACAUUCAUUGUAGUUUUGGUGCUUUGCUGUACUGUGACUUUGUGAAUGGUCUUUAUCUUUGAAGAUUCUCUCUUUGGUAGCACCGUCAUGUAGAAUAUCGAAUAAUCUCUCAGGGAUCAUCCUCUGAAAUUCAACAAAAGAUCAAAGUGUUUUCUCCUUGACAAGGACUCAAAGUUUAAACACCAGACGUUUCUGUCAAAAGCUGAACUUUGAGCUUCAAGAAACCAUUAUUACAUCUGACACUGCUCCACAUUUCCAGCUGUGAAGAUUUUCAUCUUUUGGAGUAGAUGUAGACAUAGAUAUGUAUAAAGUCAUAAUGUCAUGUUCUCACCUUGUCAAAACGCCGGCACCUGUGAAAUAUGAAGGAGGACUCCAAGGCAACAGCCAACGAGCCAGUGAGACACUUUAUCUACACGACAGGGCUUUUGGUGUUAGUUUUGAGUGUAAAUCUUUGCUCAACAUGUAAUCAUUACGGUUUUAUUUAGAUGAUUUUUUUUACGUUUAUUCCCGUGCAAAUUUCUCUCUGUUAAAGAAAAAAUAUAUAUUUUUUGUGACCUUUUUAUAGCUUGGUUAUCAGAAUUACUGUAGCUCUUAUAGGACUCAACAAAUCAACUGGAAUUACCAAAAUUACAAAAACUAGAUUUUAUUUUUCUGGCUGCAUAGCAAAUCAUUUACAUAUUUGCUUGUCUAGAUCUGAUAUGUUGUAGUAGUUAUUGCUGAAAAGGUUGGGCCUUGUUUUGUGUGCCUUAUCUCUGGGCCCUUAACUUUUUUUUUUCUAAAUGAUGACUACGCUUAAAUUGUAGCAUUAUUUUACAGUGAAUGUAUGUCUUACUACUUUAAGCUAGUUACACUAUGUGUUUCAAUUUCCUCUAAUGCUGUUAUUUAAGUAAGUAAUACGGUUGUAAUAAAAUACAUUAUGAUUUUCAGCCCAAUGCUGAAUAACAUAUUUAUAAAGUGUUACAUCGUAAGUUGAUUUCAUCUGUUGUAUAUUUAGCUGUAACUAUGAGCUGUAAACGUCAAAACAUGUUUCAUGUAAGUGCAACUAAGUCACAAUAAAGCUCUGAGAUGUAAGAUUGAU